AUGUUCAAAUACAUUUGUUUGUUUCUUUCAUAUUCAAUAUUUUGGGUUAUUGAAUGUCAACAUCAAGAUUUCAGUUCUGUUACUAAUACUAAUAAUAAUAAUAAUACUAAUACUACUAGUGUUGCUGAUAACAGAUCGAUUCCAAUUAAAGGAAUACUUCCAGGUGUUGGUUUGCUAAUUGGGAUUUUAUUCAUUCUUAUAUUCCUUAUCAAGUGUUGUAAGCCUAAUAAAUUAAAUAAUAGUAUGAGUCGAAUUAAAAUAUCAUUUUCACAUCAUGAUGAAACUAAAAUUUGGUCGACAAAUUUAGAAAACGAAAUUACUCGAGAUUACGGUGAUUUACAAUAUGACAAUGAUGAAUAUCAUUGUAAUGAAAAUACCAUUACAAAUAGUUCUACGUAUAAAACGCAGUCAAUUGCUGAUGACAUGUCAUCACUGGACUUGGAAACACAAGAAAUUGAUGAAAAUGAGUGGUGUGCUAUAUCAAAUAAUGUUACAUCAGUAAAAAUGGGGAAAAAGUAA